GCGGGCAGCUCUCCAAAGUGGGCAGGCAUGUGCCUCGCAUUCAACUCGCUCCCCUAACCCGCCUGGGUCCGCCGAGCGACAUUUCAAUCGACAUGGCGCAGUUUGGCGCAACUUUCAUUCCGGGGGGUCAGGAUGAUUAUUACAUGCCCGAGGUUGUCGCCCCUGCCCCUCAGAGGGUAAUGCCCGAGAUACCCCAGAACGUGCAGGACGGCAUCCAGCGCUUGGAACUCGAAGCCCGCGAAACUGAGCCGAACCGAGACGACAAGGCGACCGACCAGACCGAAGAAGCCGAGUCCUUCAAACCCUUCCAGACCAGCGCCGCCGACCCCGCAGCCAUGGACGCCCCCUCGUUCUCCCCAUUCCCCAAGGUGCACGGCGAAAACAUCCCGCCCAGCGACGAAGAGAAGGAGACCAUCUUGUGGCAGGCGCGCAACCAUGUGCUCCACUCCAACAAUGUGUCGAUGCAGGUGACGUGGGCCCGCGACGUGCUCAUCUGGGUCGAGAUCGCCCAGGACGCGGCCGCCCGGGAAUGGAAGCGGGAGGGUAAGGGCAAGGAGCGACCGGCGACGCCCAAGACCGAGCACGAGCUGCGAGUCGACGCCAUCAACAUCAUCGAGUACCUCGCCCAGCAGGAGCACCCCGAGGCGACCUUUAUGAAAGGGAAAUGGCUCGAGUUCGGCAAGUUUGGCUUCCGCGAGAACAAGCGCGAGGCAUACACGCUCUACAAGAAGGCGGCCGAGAAUGGGUACGGUCGGGCCGAGUACCGGAUGGGCAUGCUCUACGAGAACUCCAACGACAUCCCCAACGCCAUCAAGCACUACACCCUGGGCGUCAACCUGGGCGAUUCCGCGUCCAACUACCGGCUCGGCAUGAUGCACCUCAUGGGACAGCACGGAUACCAGCAGGAUUUCUUGCAAGGGCUCCAGAUGAUCCAGCAGGCAGCAGACACCGCGGACGAGGACGCCCCCCAGGGCGCCUACGUGUACGGCAUGCUCAUCGCCCGAGAGCUGCCCGACAUCGCCGUGCCCGACCAUGUCCUCCCCUGCGACCUCGCGGUUGCCCGGCAGUACAUCGAGAAGGCGGCCUAUCUCAGCUUCGCCAAGGCACAGUUGAAGAUGGGCCAGGCGUACGAGCUGAGCCAGCUCGGCUGCGACUUCAACCCGGCAUAUUCCCUCCACUACUACGGCCUCGCCGCUCGCCAAAACCAACCCGAGGCCUCGCUGGGCGUGAGCCGGUGGUUCCUCUUUGGCUACGAGGGCAUUUUCCCCAAGAACGAGCAGCUGGCUUACAAGUACGCCUUGGACGCGGCCCUCGGGGGGCUGGCCACGGGCGAGUUCGCCAUGGGAUACUACCACGAGAUCGGCAUUCAUGUUCCCAAGGACAUCCGGGAGGCGCGGAGGUGGUACGAGAUGGCCGCGGACCACGGGAACAAGGACGCGAAGGACAGACUCGAGUCGCUCAACCAGUCUAAGACACUGACCAAGGCGGAUCACGAGACGACGACCCUCACCCGCAUCAAGUCGCAGCACGGAUCGCAGCGCGGAAAGCGCCCGGAUCGGUUUACAAAGCCGAAGGAUGUGCUGCCCACCGUAACCGAGAGUGAUCAGAAUGCUGGGGUCCAGUUCCCGGACCCGUCUCCAAGACCGCCGGCUUUCACCGUGAACCUCGAUGGUAACAGCCCUGCGGCGCGGCCCAAGUCCUCCGUCGCACCGUACCCCACCGAAGACCAGCCGAUGCCGCCCAACGUCAGGCCGAGGUCGACCGCACCGUACCCCGAUGACGACGUGCGUGGUCCGCAUGUCAACCCCAACGCUCAUCUCCCUGUCGGUCCUGGACCUCAUGCGGACCGCGAGGGGAGUGCCUUCGGUAUCCGACCCCUGUCACCCAACAGCGGCGGCCUCCGGCCUGGCUCUGCCGGCCGUGGUCGUCCGGUGUCGAGCCAGCCGGUUAUGGGAGGCCGGGAUCCUCAGGCGGCCGCCGGUUACAGAAAACCGAGCCCCGGCCCGGGCGGCCAAUGGCAGCAACCGCCCCCGCCGCAACAUGACCCGCGCUACGGCGACCCCGGCCAUGCACGACUUCAGAAGCCCAACCCCAACCUCCAGCCGACCACUCAGGGAGGCCCCCCCGCGGGCCAGUACCCGAUGGGCGGGGGGCAACCGGGACGGGACUACGGCCGGCCAGGCCCCAACAACCGCCCGGUCAGCGACAACUACGGUGCCGCGGGCGGCUACGAUCGCUAUGGCUCCGUUCCCCCCCCUUCACCCGGCCGCGUGCCCGUCGCGGGACCAGGCAGCCCCGGCCUCCAUCCGGCCCACGCCGGCCCCGGCGGCCGACCCGUUUCGCACAUCGACCCCGGCUCCGGGGGUCGCGCGAGCGCUCCGCCUGCCGGACCUAAUGGCAGGCCCGGUCCGGGUCCGGGAAGCACCGCGUCGAGCCCCGCUCCGGCGGCUGCGGGACAGCAACGGCCGCCUCCUGGCGGGAGGCCGGGCGCGGCGAGCUCAACCAACCUCGUCCAUCCUGAUGGGAAGACUAUGGGUCAUGGCCCUGCUACCUUUGAGGAGAUGGGAAUCCCGCAGGGGAAGAGCGAGGGCGAUUGCGUCGUCAUGUAACCGGACCAGUACUUGGGUUCUCUUCCGAAUUGCGCCCCAGUCUUGCGGCAGGCUCGGGGCUGGUGGCGGGUGGCUUUCGGGACGCUUGCUCAGGUGUGACGUUAACUCCGUCGCGUUCCGGGUCGGAUCUUGAAUCUUUCUUUGAGAUGGAUCUUGGUCAG